CUCAACUAAGUCAAAGCGAAAUAAAUGGAUUUAAAAUCGCAUGGGAAAAAGCACCAUUCAAAAUAGACAUUGAAAGUUUAUUUAAAAAUUCACGUGCAAAGAAUACAGAUAAUAAUAAUUUAUUGAACGAUCCAGCAACUCAAAAAGGAGAAUUUUUUGUUGUUUUGCUAAGUGGGGAUAAGUAUUCACUGAAACUUGAAGAGAUACAAUCAGUUAGAGCUUUGAAAGCAGAAUUGACCAAAAGGAUAAAAGUUGACGGUUCGAAACAAAAAUUAUUACAUAAAGGAGUUGAAUUGCAAAAAGAUGAUGGUUCUUGGGACGUUCUGGAAGUUGGUCGUGUUUCUAACGGCAAUGCUAAAGAUUAUAGUCCUAUUAAACGAGCAAUUCUGGAAUUAAACUUAGAUAAUAUGUAUUAA